AUAUUACGUACACAAGAAACUUGUAGGACCUACUGAUUCAACCAAUCAGAAGGCAUGUAAUGCUUUAUAGAGAAGACAAUGGAAAAGAUACGAGGCAUUCCGAUUUGAUAUCCAAAUCGUUCCGAAGUUCAUAGCAUCGUCUGCUUGCAACUCAGAAUGCAGCAUAAUAGUAGGCCUAUAUCACCUCAGAAUGCGACUAGACCUCGGAAUACGAUGAAUUGUCCUAUGGAAUUGUAUCUCGAGUAGUUUUAAUAUUUCUACCACAAUUUUUAUCCAAUUUGCCAGCCGUUAACUGGUCGUGGGAUCAUGGCAACAGCUGCUCCACAGAUAAGAAAUUUUCAAAUAGGUCGCAUGGAACAGUCUGAUACUUUAGGAAGUGAUUACCAUGAUGCUGCUAGAAAUGGAAAUAAGAAGAAAUUAAAGAAAAUCAUUGGAAGAGGUAUUCAAAUUGAUUAUCCAAAUGACCAAGGACAGUCACCUUUGUUCAUUGCUUGCUUUGAAAAUGAACCAUCAGCUUGUGAUUUAUUGCUUAACAAUGGAGCCAAUCCAAAUGAGAGAUGUAAUGAUGGAACUACCCCUGUACACAUGGCUGCUUACUCUGGUAAUGUCAAACUUUUAUCUGACGUGUUAGCUGCAGGAGGGGAUCUGCGUUUCCAUGAUAAUUAUGGACGAACAACAAAAGACUGGGCACUCUGUCAACCAGAUCCAAAGAGAAGAAUGAAAAUGAUUGAAUUCUUGGAGAAGACAAAAUUAUUUGCAUUGACAACUUCUGGAAGAGAUAUAAGAAUGGGCAAUAAAGUGUCCAGCAAAGUACAUGUGAACAGGAACAAUUCAUUGAUGCAUAUCAUAAUGAAUAAAAUCAAAGGUGGGAUUGAUGCAAAUAUAGACCACCUAAAGAGCUCUCAUAGUAUGGGAUUUGGAAAGGUGUAUUUAGAUGGCGACUGCAGCAGUGGGUUUAUGACAAGUAUCCCAUUGAUAUCUGAGAGCUGCCUCAAACACAGUGGUGAUGGAUUAACAUUUGAAAAUGGGUCUUUCAUGGUAAUGGAAAGCAUGAUGUGGCAGUCUUCUAAAGUGACAGCCAAAAGGUUACACCGUGAGGCUGAAGCAGGAGGAGAAGUGGACUUGCUCAUUACCGAGGCAGAGUUUGUUGGGAAGUUGAGACAUCCAAAUAUUUUGCUGUUGAUGGGUGUCUGUCAAACAAACAACCUUGAUGGAUUAGUUCUGCUAUUUGAAAAUGUUGGUUUAGGAUCACUUUACUAUCAUCUGCAUGAAAAGUGUGAUCGAAUGUCAACAAACCAGAUACAUGAUAUACUGGUACAGAUAUGCAAUGGCAUCAUUUUUCUACAUGACCAGGAUUUAUUACAUUGCUACAUCACAUCACAUGCUGUUUUCCUUGUUUCAACACAUAUAGCUAAACUUGGAAACCUGGAAUAUGCUGUUGAAAGGAGAAAAAGUGAAGUUGGAAAAAAAUCCUUAGUUAUCACUAACAAACACCAGAAUGCAGCCUACAACUGGAUGUCCCCAGAGAUCAUCAGUGGGUCAUGUCCUUCUGAAGCUUCAGAUAUGUACAGCUUUUGUGCCAUCAUGUGGGAAUGUUUUGAAAAUAUGAUUCCCUGGGGGAGAUGUGAUGCAGCAGCAAUUAGACAUAAAAUGUUCAAUGAUGGAGAACAGUUGACACCCAAUUCAGGGAGGACACCACAAUUAUUUCUAACUCUUAUGGAAUAUGGUUUGCAGCUAGACCCUCUACACCGUCAGCUGAGAUUCAAUCAUAUUCGAGAUAUCUUGGGAUUGUCAACAGAAAAAGUAAAGCAGUAUAUCUCCAAUCUCUUACCAAAACAACAACCUUUCAAUGGAAACAGAGAAACCAUUACAGAACAGGAAGUUUUGAAAUCCAGGCAAAGAUCAAGUAGAGAAAAGGGGAGAGAUGGAGUAAUACAGGCAAGAGAACAAACACCUCAAUCCAGCAGAAAACCACAGCGUCCAAAAAAGCAACCAGAUGGACCUAAAGUUAAUCGACAUGAUCAAAAUCAGUCUAGUAGAAAAACAAAACAUGGAAAUGGAUGCUAUUCUGCAGAAGCAAAAGUUUCUCCAGACAACGGAUACCAAUACAAGUCACAGGAUGGUGUUUCUUUUGAUAUAAAAAAUACACAUUGGGAUUUACAAGAAGAGCAGAAUAAACAUGAAUAUUUCUACAGAGUAAAAGUCCUUCCAAAAAAAGAGAACAUAUGCAGUCAUGAGCAAGGAUAUGAACAACACCAACAAGUUUGUGAUCAGAAGCAGAUAGCAGUGGAUGAUCACCAACAACAGCAACACCACAAUGAUCUGCCAUCCUAUGAAAAACAACACUUUCAUCAAGGGUAUGAUCAGCAACAGAAACAGCAAAUGUAUAAACAACAAACAUAUGAACAGCAGCCAUAUGAAAAACAACAUCUCCAGCAAGCGUAUAAUCAACCACAUCAGCGAGAGUAUGAUCAAUGUCAUCAACACCAGCAGCAAAUGUAUGACCAAAUGAUAUGUGAUCAACAACAUGUUAAAUCACAGUAUGAUCCUGAACAUGAGUACAGAAAGGCUUCUCCUGUCAAGGGCACCAACCACCUCAUAUCCAGUGAAAGUGAGGAGUCGUGCAGUACUCAAACAAGCUCCAGUCAGGAUGCAGACCACCAACUAAAUUCGAGCCUUGCAAAGCCAUUAGCUACUAGGUUUAGUUACCUACAAAUCCAGCAGGGCAAGAGCCCAACUGGCGUUAGUGUCAAGCCUGCCAGUCAUUGCACAGCACCAUUUGAAUCAAUAGAGAAAGAAUCGGAGAAAAAACUCAGUAAUGCUGGAAGUGUGUAUGCAUUGUACAACCUGGACUGUUUUGAAGGCAAUGAGUGUACACCAAAUAGACAAUCCAUUGCUACACAAAAUCAGCAUUACAGCACUAUGCCAAGGAAGAGAAAAAGGAUGGGGAUGACUCCAGAAAUCAAGAACGAAACACAAAUGCUGUUGAAACAACCAGGAAGUGUUCGGAAUUUGGUUGACUUGUAUCAGCAUCAAGAAAGCAGUCAUAAAUUGAAGCAGGCAGUGUUGCACGGAAACAUUAAAGACUGUAUGGAUGGAGAUAGUUGUAUGUAUCCAAGAUUAGACACGCUGGAAGGCAGUAGUGAUAAAGAAAUUAACAGUCCAAACAACUGCAACAAUCAUGGAAUGGAGCAACACAAUUUUUCAGGUGGCCAGUCCAAUAGAAAAACAAGAAAAUCAUCCCCAUCUAAAAAGAACAAGGAAAUCUAUGCACCCCCUUCAUCUGUCAAUGAUGCUAUGAACAGCAGUAGUCUGACUACCAUCUCACCCUGCGAUAGUGGUACUUCUUUCUGUGACAACAGCAGUGUUGCAUCUGAACUCAUUGAGAAAUGGGUAGCAAAUGAAAUUAUAAAAGUGAGGAACUCUCUGAGUGAAGAAAUUUUUCAUGCUUUGGAUAUAAAAGAAAAUAUCACAUCAAAUGCAAGAAUGAGAAGCCCAUUAUUUGAUGAUAGUCCAUACCGUGACUCUGUUCCAUGCAAGAUGAAAGCAAAAGAAGCACUAAAAAAAGGAAAGAAGACAGAUGUGGAGGAAUUUUAUUUUGAUGAUGAGCUUAAUCAAGAUUUUGAAGAACAAAGUAACAUACAAUUACAGUCUCCAACAUCCCCACCACCAGCGUCAUAUGGACUCAAGGCGCGUAAAAGUUCCUUUAUCAUCACACCUCAAAAUUCAAAUGCAUAUGGAGAAACAAAACUUGGAGACAGAACAGCCUACAACCAAUAUCUUUGUAUAGAAAAAUGUCAGCAAGGCAUUCAACCGAGUCCAGUUACAGAGAUGCAAACUGAAAGAUUAGUUCGGGAAAGACCUGCUUAUGUCAGCACUGUUACAAUCAGUUCUAACCUUAAGGAUCCAGAACAGCAUAAUAUAACCCACACACUGACAGACCUAGAUAAUGGUGCAACAAACACUAUGUACAAAAAGUCUAUCAGAGCUUCACGCGUUGUUUCCUCACUAUUUGAACAGUGAUAGCUGUGUUUCCCAGCACUGAACAAGACUUUGGAAUGUUGUACAAUGUGACAUACUGUUUCUAAAUUUAGGUGACAUUCAGUGAGACUGAUUCUCCUUUAUGCCUGUUCAAAUGGAGUAAAGUCUAAAAGACAUGUUUAAUUGAUCUAUAUGCUGACCAAUGUUUUUCUUCCCGUGGUGUGGCUGAUAUUUUUACCCUAUUUAUCCUGUAAUAAGACCAUGGGAUAUAUUACAUUAACUUUGACUCAAAGUAGAGAGUCAAUGUAUAGCAGGUCAGUGAAAUAGCAUUUAUUGGCAUUAUGUCUGACCUAGAAUAGGGAUGAGUGGGGUAAAAUUUUGUCAGGUAUGGGCUUAUUACCAGAUAUCUACCAUGUCUUAAUUCAAUAAUUCUAAAUUAUUUUAGUAAAGCAGAAAGGCAUGUCAUAUUAAACAAACAAGUGUACUGUAGAUGUUGGAGCUAUUUUGUUUAAAUCCGAGAAAAUUGUUCUUUACUACUGAAUAUUCAAUUUAAAUGCUCCUUUUUCUUAGGAACGAACAUCAGUUUGUUCGGAUCCAGUACCUAUAUUGGUCCAUACUGUUGCUUUCUUAUACUAGACCAUAUAUAUAAUAGAUGAUUUGUCACUGUUAUCAUGUCAGAGUUACUCGGUAUCGGGCUGACCAUCACUGUGCCAUUGAAACUUUUUCAAGAACUGGAUAUGUGGUGCAGUGGUAUACAUUGCAGGUAUUCUUGGCUAGGCGAUUUGGUCGAUGUAGAUUGUGAUUUUGAGGCCCAGUCAUGGCACAAGUCAUAAAAUUGUCCUCCCUCAUCAUUUGUGUUUCUAUGUCCUAUAUACAUGAAUAUAUAACAAAGUCCAGUGACCAACGUACUAGCAGUUUUCAACCUUUUCUGAACUCUUUGGGUACCAGAGUAAAGUUUAUUUUCAAAGGACAGGUUCGUUUCGAAAUUUUUAUGUCAAUAUGCAUGUUCAUGUCUGGUCUGGUGAUCAAUUUAAUCUAUUACUUGUAUAUCAAUUACAUUUAUCAGACACCAUUUUACUAGAAAAGAAAGAGGAUCAAUCAAAAAAAAUUAUUUAAACCAAGUCUGGACAGGCCAUAAUAAAAUUUGUGCUAUUUUCCAUACUUGUUAUGAGAAUCAUAUUCACUAUGACAUCACAGACAUGCCCUUUAUCCCCAUACAAGCUAUACUAAAACUUACAAUGUGUGAAAUCAAAGUAUCCCUGUAAUCACUACAUGAAUGAAAGAAAGUUCAUCUUCAGUCUUUAUGUAAUAUAUAUACUCUUGAAAUCCUGAUAGCUGAAACUUUUUUUACCUGAUAUGCUUUCUCCAUACUUCCCUUUGGAGUUACGAAUUCAACACCAUACCUCAAUUAAUUCAUGUGGUUAUGUGAUAUAACAACUGAUAAAUUAAUGUUAUAAUGGCACAUACUGUACCAUUGCAUGCAUAUCUGUAUUUGAACCAUUUUAAAAAGUAUGGUGUAAUUGUACAAAUUUAGAAAUUAAGGCUAAGCUUACCUUUUAGUUCGUUCAUUGUCCUUUUUGGUCAAAGGGAGAUAAUCUAUCUCAAAAAAGUUUUAAUGGAAACUUGAAUAUUUUACAAUAUGAAUUUGAAAUUAGAAAUCUGAUCACUCUUGACUCAUUAAGCUUUACACCUACAUGUAUAGAAAUCAAAAUAAGUCAUUAUGUUGUAGAUUAAUUCACAUAAUAUUCUAGUAAUAGGAUAAUAAUGAACACUUAAUUUUGUUUGAUAUACAUGUAUGUUUGUUACAAAAAUUUCAUUUUUAUGUGACAAUUUUAACAUGAUGUAAACUUAUUUUGCAACUGUAAAAUUGCACAAAGUAUCCAAAAAAUUAGAAUGAUCAAUAUUUGAUCUUUUCUGUAAUUUAUCACUGUAUUGUUAAAUUUCCUUUCACUCAAUAUCUUGUGUAACUUCUGAUAACAUUUAUUAGCUGUCCUUAACUAAACUUCCUACAAAUUUAUUAUAUCUAUUUUCCUAAACUGCUGCAUGUUAAUUUAAUUUUAAAUUGUUUUUGGUGUAAUGAAUGUACAAGUAAGAAUUUCCUGCAAACACGGAGAUGUGAAUGUAUAUGUGGAUGGUUGUUCAUUUUGUAUCAGAAAGUAUUUAUUUGAGUUUUUAAAUAAUGGGACGAUAAUUGAUGCUGGACCUCAAGUAUUUAUUUUUGUGUAAAAACUUAUGCUAAUAUUUGUUAUCAGAUUCUCAUAAUUUGAUGAAUAUUUAAUACAUGGAAUGUUAUAGAAAAUUCUGCUUUGUUACUUGAUGUUAAGUUUACCCAUACCAUUUGUAUGAAUAUAUUCUUAUAAUUUUCAAAUUUAGCCUGUGAUAUAAUCAACAUAUUUCAAUCCUUAAAUAGUUAUUAAUGAUGCUGUGUUGAAAUAUUUUUGGUUUAUAAUUAUCUCAACUGUUGGUUUGUCCAUGUGUUAACAUCCUUUCAUGUAUUAGUCAAUUUUAUGUACUUUAUAGCCAUGUUUGAAUUGCAAUGCCAUCAUUUUCAAUGAAUGUAAUAUCCAAAGAUAUUUGGCACCUUGGGACAGUAUAUAUACACUGUAUGAGUAUGAUAAUGGACUUUAAUAUGUAACAAGAGUAAAGGGCCUUUAUGUACAUGUGUGUUUGUUGUAAGAAAUAUCGCAAAUUUUAAAUAAAAUGUUAAUAUUGUU